AUGUCGGGCGCAGAGUCCAAGGAGGCGGGCGCAGCCCAAGCAACAGCACAAGAGAAGGAGGCGGAGCUGGACAAGGGCAAGCAGCCAGCUGUUGCUGAUGAUGACGAGGGAGUCGCCGACGUCCCCGACGACGACGACAACGACGACGACCAGGAGGACGAGGAAGUCGAUGCUGCCCAGGAGAAGGGUGUCGCAGGCUCAUCAGGAAAGAAAAAGAAGAAAUCAAAGAGGAAGAAGGUCAAGGCUGCCUUGUCUGGAAAGCCAGAAGACCAGAUGGCCCAGGUCAAAUCCGUGCUCGACAAGCUCCCCCAGCACGACCUCCAGGACCUGAUCUCGCGGAACCCGGCGCUCCUCAAGGACUACAACGGCGAUCCUGCCAAGGCUGCCGAGGCUUUCAAGAAGCUCUCUCUCAACGAGGUUAUGACCGGCCUGGCCUUGAGCGGGAAGAAUGCGAAGGAUAUGGCCAGCUACAAGUUUUGGAAAACACAACCUGUGCCCCGCUUCGACGAGGAGAUGCCUAAGGACUUCAGGGAAGGGCCUCUCAAAGUUCAGACUGUCGAGGACGUCCCCAAGGAGGCCCCCAAGCUUGGUAUCGAGGGUUUCGAGUGGGUCACCAUGGACCUGACCAACGAAGACGAGAUCAAGGAGGUCUACCAGUUGCUCAAUGGCCACUAUGUCGAGGACGACGAAUCUAUGUUCCGCUUCAACUACGGAACCGCGAUCCUCAAAUGGGCCCUCAUGUCCCCGGGCUGGUCCGCAGAAUGGCACGUCGGCAUCCGUGACUGCCGACUGCCCAGCAAGAAACCUCUUGUCGCCUUCAUCUCCGCCGUCCCGGUCAACCUACGUGUGCGUGACAACAUCAUCCGCACCUCCGAAGUCAACUUCCUCUGCGUGCACAAGAAGCUCCGCAACAAGCGCCUCACGCCCAUCCUCAUCAAGGAGGUCACGCGCCGCUCUAACCUGCAGGAGAUUUGGCAAGGCGUCUACACGGCGGGCAUCGUGCUUCCCAAGCCUGUUAGUACCUGUCGGUACUACCACCGGGCGCUGGACUGGAAGAAGCUGUACGACAUUGGCUUCAGCCCGCUCCCACCAAACAGCAAGCCCGAGUGGCAGAUUCGCAAGUACACGUUGCCCGAGAAGACUGCCACCAAGGGCUUGCGGGAGAUGACAGAAAAGGAUGUCCCAGCGGUGCAUAAGCUAAUGAAGAAGUAUGUUGAUCGCUUUGAUAUGGCCCCAGAGUGGGACGAGGCCGAAGUCGCGCACUGGCUUCUGCAGCCAAGGGGCGAGGGUGACGAGCAGGUUGUUUGGUCAUAUGUUGUUGAGGACGAGGACCACAAAAUCACGGACUUCUUCUCUUUCUACAACCUCGAGUCCACCGUCAUCAACAACCCUCGCCACAAGGUGGUCCGUGUCGCUUACCUCUUCUACUAUGGCACCGAGGUCGGCCUUACCACGCCAUUCAACAAGCCUGCCACGAAAGAGCGUCUGAACGAGCUUGUUCACGAUGCCUUGAUCCUCGCCAAGAGGGCCAAGUUUGAUGUCUUCAACGCGUUGUCCCUCAUGGAUAACACAUUAUUCCUCGAGCAGCAGAAGUUCGGCCCAGGCGAUGGACAACUGCAUUACUACCUUUUCAACUACCGCGCGAAACCCAUUACCGGCGGUAUUGAUAGUCAGAAUAGGGCAGAUGAGGACAACCUCAGCGGUGUCGGUUUCGUGAUGCUCUAG